AGAGAGAGAGAGAGAGAGAGGAAAGGAGAGCUUGGAUUUGGUCAGCAAAGUGUGUUUCCAUAAUCCAAUCAGAGCAUUUCUAUAUUUUGGUAGGAUUUUGUCUGAAUCCUCUAACACAAUUACGAGCUACAGCCCCCAUCUAUUUCUAUCCAUAUACAUGUAUGUUUGCUGCCCUUUACAGCAAAGUCAACUAAAAGAGCAGUCCAAGUCAACUCUAACCCCCAAUUACAGAACUUGCUGAUUCUUCAACCAAAGCUACAGCUUUCAUGUGAUAAAGCAGGUGGCCAGGAAGAAAGGUUGCAGUCUUUGGAUAGUUAGAUUUUGUUAGCUGGAUAGUUUAUUUGGAAGUUUGCUCCCUCAAAGUUGAAUUUUUGUGAUGCAUAUUGCUUGGUGGGCUUAGUGCUCUAUAGCUGAGGUUGUGAAGAAAGGGGGGUGUUGACUUGUACGCUGCAAGAGUUACUUUCAAGAUUUUGCCUGUUUUAAAGGGGGGAUGCAUUUUUAGAUUGGUUUUUGGUGCUUCUGUGUGAAACUGAGAAAUGUGUUGUUCUUGAAAAUGGAGUUUUGUGGGAUUUGAAGAUAUUGCUUUAGUAGGAGUCGGGAAAUAGACUGGUAAUGAAUGUUCUUGAGGUGUUUCCAUUCUUUUGUGAUGGAUAUAGAUUUUGAGUUGGGCGGGAAGUGGAAAGCUCUUGAGGAUUCGUGGGAUUUUGACUGUUUGAUUUUACCAUCUUGGGAGCCUGGUUCUCUAGUUUUUUGCUUAUGCAGCUAAGAUAUAUUUGACUUGUAACGGUAUCUGGAUGAAUAUUUUGCCAGAUUUUUGGCUGAUUUCUGAGGAUAUUGGUUUUACUGGCUUGCAUUGCUGAUGUUCAUGCGUUUUGAAAGCUAAGGAUCCUACAAAACACCAACCAUGGAUAACGGCAAUGACCUCUCAUCAUCCUUGAGCUUUGCCUCAUCAUAUUUAUCAAAUGGCUCCAGCUGCCAAAAUGUACCUUCCACCAUUGGCUGCGAACUAGGGACGAGUCUUGAAUUAUUGAGUUUGAGUAAACUAAGUUCCAGUCUUGAAAAGUUAGUGGUUAGUUCUGAAUAUGGCUAUAGUGAUGCAGAAAUAGAAGUUGAGGGGAUUACUGUUGGCGUCCAUCGUUGUAUCUUAGCUGCACGAAGUCAAUUCUUUCACGAAAUAUUUGAAAAAGCAAAUCAGGGCUCUGUUAAGGAAAGCAAGCAAAAGUAUCUCUUGUCAGAAUUGGUGCCUGAUGGAAGGAUCGGAUAUGAAGCGUUUAUGGUUGUUUUACAUUAUUUGUACACUGGAAAGGUUAAGGCAUCUCCCUCUGAGGUAUCAACCUGCGUUGAUGAGUCCUGUGCUCAUGAUGCCUGUGCCCCUGCCAUAAAUUAUGCUGUGGAAAUGAUGUAUGCUUCUGCCGCAUUUCAGAUUAAAGAACUUGUGAUGGUCGUUCAGCGUCGACUCCUUAAUUAUGUCGAAAAAGCUUUUGUGGAAGAUGUUAUUCCAAUCCUCAUGGUAGCAUUUCGUUCUGAGUUGAAGCAACUUCUAUCACAUUGUGUCCAAAGAAUAGCACGAUCUGAUCUUGACGAUAUUACUAUUGAGAAGGAGCUUCCUCAUGAGGUUUUAGAUGGUGUCAAAUCACUUCGUAUCAAAUCUAAGCAAGACGAAGAGCACGAUUCUGUGCAAGUGGACUCUCUGAAUGAAAAGAGUAUUCGGAGGAUACAUAGAGCAUUGGACUCAGAUGAUGUUGAGUUGGUGAAGUUACUUCUGGAUGAAUCUAAUAUCUCUUUGGAUGCUGCUUAUGCUCUUCAUUAUGCUACUGCUUAUUGUAAUCCGAAAAUCGUUAAUGAGGUGCUAAACUUAGGAAACGCUGACGUCAACCUUAGGAAUUCUCGAGGGUAUACUGUGCUUCAUGUUGCUGCAAGACGGAAGGAUCCAUCGAUAGUUGUAGGCCUGCUUAACCAGGGUGCUUCCGUAUCAGAUACCACAGGAGAUGGACAAACAGCUGUCACCAUAUGCCGAAGGUUGACACGGCCAAAAGAUUUUCACGAGGCAACGAAGCAUGGCCAGGAAACUAAUAAAGACCGAUUAUGCAUAGAUGUGCUGGAGAGAGAGAUGCGUAGGAAUCCUUUGGCCGGGAACAUGUGCAUGUCAUCCAUGAUGGUGGCUGACGAUCUACACAUGAGGCUUUUGCUUCUUGAAAAUAGAGUUGCAAUGGCAAGACUGUUGUUUCCUCUGGAAGCAAGAUUAGCAAUGCAGAUAGCACAUGCAGAUGCAACAUCAGAAUUUACUGGCCUUUCAGCAGCCAAAGGUUCAUAUGGCAAUUUCAGAGAGGUUGACUUAAACGAAAUUCCAUCGGAGCAAGUAAAAAGGCUCCAACUGAGGUUGCAAGCUCUGCAAAAAACUGAGGAAACUGGUCGGCGAUUUUUCCCCAAUUGCUCAGAAGUUCUGGAUAGGCUCCUGGAGUAUGAUACUUCCGGUUCUCUACUAUUGGAGAAGGGCACUCCAGAGGAACAGAGAACGAAAAGAAUGCGCUACAUUGAACUCAAGGCUGAUGUGAUGAAGGCAUUUAACAAAGACAUAGCUGAAAAUAACUGGGUGAACCUUUCUUCUUCUCCGUCUUGCUCAUCUUCUGCUAAGGGCAGUAUGAUGCAUAAGGUUAGAAAACGGUAGGAGGUGUAUAUUAUCCAACCUUCUCAGUUAGCUCAUUUCAGAAUCUUGACAGAGCUUUCCGUCAACAAGCAUUCAACAUUCAAUUAAAGAUGUUCGUUGGUCAGAAGAAUCUGUUUCCACAGAACUGAUUGUUUGUAUGAUAGUGCCUGAUUUUCGACGUUUUGUGGGUGAAUACAUGAACUAGAUAUGAUACGGUUUGCUUUUACUUGGAACGAUUCUGUUAUCUAAGCUCUAAUGUUGAUCUCCAAGGAGAUAAUUGUGCUGUGCGAGUAUAGUCCUGCAAAUCAGUUGCUGUUUUAGUUUCUUGAAUUUACAGAAGGUUUCAGGCUGCUAUAGAGGCCAGUCCUGAUUAUCACCAUGUACCAUGGUGAUGAAAAAUGUUUAUCGAAUGACAGGUACUUCAUUCCAGCCGAACGUUAAUGAAUCAGCCAAAUCAUGCUCGAGCUAUAUUUCUAUUUUGGGUUGUCGUUUGAGUUCGAGCCUCAGAAUACAGGGAUAUUGAUCCCCUGAAGUUAUUGGAUUUUGUUUUCCUCGGUGUUUGCUGCACAGCUUGUCUAACGUCGAAUUUCAGUCUUGAGAGUGUUGAUACUAUAGACCAGAACCAUCGCUGAAAUGGUGGGAGAGCUUCUAUAAUCACGUGCAAGAACGAUCACUAGCCAUUUUUAAUCAGUGGGGGUAAACACAGAUUGAAGCCAGAAACAAAUGGGAACUUUGCCAAUUUCAGAUGAGAUUGUUGUUCCAGAACAAUGUAAUACCAAUAUUUUGAAUAGGUCCGAGUCAUAUGUGUAAGAA